AUGUUUGCAGAUUUGCCACUUAGAAAUAUUGCACUUACAGUUGCAACCAUUUGCUUCGCUUUCAUACUCCAAUACUUCGUGAACAACCACAACAAGGGCGAAAGUAUUAUCGCAGUGACAGACACGACAGCUUCGAACAUAGACUUGAUGACCAGUGGGACACUUGCACGAACAACGUCAGCAGUAAAAUCAGCAGCAACUACCAUGGCCAACACCCUGUCGCACGCUAAUAUCACCUAUCGUCCUUCCAGCACUCGUGGCUCGGCUGACCAUGGCUGGUUGGAUACAAAACACAGCUUUUCUUUUGCCUCAUGGUAUGAUCCAAGAUACGAGAGCUUUGGCUCACUUCGCGUCCUAAAUGAGGACCGUGUUGCUCCGAACACUGGAUUCCCCACACACCCCCAUCGGGAUGCCGAGAUCUUCUCCUACAUUCUCAGCGGUGAAUUAACACAUCGAGACUCCAUGCAGAAGAAAGGCUCCGAGUCAUCGAACAAGGACAGCUUCUAUCGGAUGCGCAGAGGCGACGUUCAAUUCACGACCGGCGGCAAAGGCAUCGCACAUUCCGAGCAAAAUGAGCACAAGGCAGACUGGGUACAUUUCCUGCAAAUCUGGGCCCUACCAUGGAAGCGCGCUUUACCUCCAAUCUACCACACUGAUACCUUUCCCGAAGGCGACAAGCGUAAAGGCUUCGUCAACAUCAUCACACCAUUGAAAGCCGGACCUUCCGCCACUCCAGCAGAGGAAAAAGAAGGCAAGCCAGCCAAAGAAGGAACUAUUCCCAUCCACGCAGAUCUCGUCUUCUCCGCCGGUAUACUAGAGCCAAAAAAGGUAUUCCAGUACAAAGUCGGUGGAGAAGGAGAGGACCUAGUGCGAUCAAAAUCGAACCGCAACGUCUACGUACAUCUCACUGAAUCAGAGAAGUGGGACAAGAAAUCAAGAGUCAAGUUGGCAGGUCGAGAAAACAUUGUCCUCGGUGAAGGAGAUGCCGCGUUCGUAACCAAAGUGAAUGUUGGAGAUGUUUUGACUGUGGAGAGUCUUGGUGAAACGGACGCUGAGGUGGUGAUAAUUGAUUCUGCGUAG